UCGGGAACCCCGCAGGCGAAAAGCAGAUCCUCAGCGGCGCCUAGCUAGGGGAGCCGGGUCUGCCCUGGCCCUCUGCUUGCUCCCCCUCAAUGCACGUAGUCCGCUCCAGCUGCCCCUACGCACUCCAGAGCGCCCUGCGCGCUGCCUGGCUGGUCCGCGGCGCUGCCCUGCUCGCCUACUCCAGGCGGCAUCCCCCAACCCUCUGGGCGAUCCGCGCUCUCCAGACACGCAGCCCCUAGCGGCACGUCACAGCGAGGUCGGCCUCCGGCGCACCUCCCUCCCUCCUCUCCGGCUCUACGCGAUCCAGCCCGGGGAGGCGGGGAAGCAGCCCGAGCGCGAACGCCGCGGCAACCACCCUGCAGCCGCCAGCCGGAGAAGCAGUCCGUAGGCCCUGGAGCCGGGCCGGGCCCUUGGGAAGUCGGCGCCGCGCCCGGGGAGCUGCUGGGCUCGCCUCUGCCCGGCGCGGAGGGCGCAGAGGAUACUGCUGGUGACCCGAAAGACUCCAUAUCAUGGAAUCAAUCUCUAUGAUGGGAAGCCCUAAGAGCCUUAGCGAAACAUUUUUGCCUAAUGGCAUAAAUGGUAUCAAAGAUGCAAGGAAGGUCACUGUGGGUGUAAUUGGAAGUGGGGAUUUUGCCAAAUCCCUGACCAUUCGGCUUAUUAGAUGUGGCUAUCAUGUGGUCAUAGGAAGUAGAAAUCCUAAAUUUGCAUCUGAAUUUUUUCCUCACGUGGUAGAUGUCACCCAUCAUGAAGAUGCUCUAACAAAAACAAAUAUAAUAUUCAUUGCUAUACAUAGAGAACAUUACACCUCCCUAUGGGACUUGAGGCAUCUGCUUGUGGGUAAAAUCUUGAUUGAUGUGAGCAAUAACAUGAGGAUAAACCAAUACCCAGAAUCCAAUGCUGAAUAUUUGGCUUCAUUAUUCCCGGAUUCCUUGAUUGUCAAAGGAUUUAAUGUUGUCUCAGCUUGGGCACUUCAAUUAGGACCUAAGGAUGCCAGCCGUCAGGUUUACAUAUGCAGCAACAAUAUUCAAGCUCGACAACAGGUUAUUGAACUUGCCCGCCAGUUGAAUUUCAUUCCUGUUGACUUGGGAUCAUUAUCAUCAGCCAGGGAGAUUGAAAAUUUACCCCUGCAACUGUUUACUCUUUGGAGGGGACCAGUGGUGGUAGCCAUAAGCUUGUCCACAUUUUUCUUUCUUUAUUCCUUUGUCAGAGAUGUGAUACAUCCAUAUGCAAGAAACCAGCAGAGUGACUUUUACAAGAUUCCUAUUGAGAUUGUGAAUAAAACUUUGCCUAUAGUUGCCAUUACUUUGUUGUCCCUGGUAUACCUAGCAGGUCUCCUGGCAGCUGCUUAUCAGCUUUAUUAUGGCACCAAGUAUAGGAGAUUUCCACCUUGGUUGGAAACCUGGUUACAGUGCAGAAAACAACUCGGAUUACUAAGUUAUUUCUUCACUGUUGUCCAUGUUGCUUACAGCCUCUGCUUGCCAAUGAGACGGUCAGAAAGAUACUUGUUUCUCAACAUGGCUUAUCAGCAGGUUCAUGCAAAUAUUGAAAACUCUUGGAAUGAGGAAGAGGUUUGGAGAAUUGAAAUGUAUAUCUCCUUUGGCAUAAUGAGUCUUGGCUUACUUUCCCUCCUGGCUGUGACUUCUAUUCCUUCUGUGAGCAAUGCUUUAAAUUGGAGGGAAUUCAGUUUUAUUCAGUCUACACUUGGAUAUGUUGCUCUGCUCAUAAGUACUUUCCAUGUUUUAAUUUAUGGAUGGAAACGAGCUUUUGAAGAAGAAUACUACAGGUUUUACACACCACCAAAUUUUGUUCUUGCUCUUGUUUUGCCCUCAAUUGUAAUUCUGGGUAAAAUUGUCUUAUUUCUUCCAUGUAUAAACCGAAAGCUAAAAAGAAUUAAAAAGGGCUGGGAAAAGAGCCAAUUUCUAGAAGAAGGCAUUGGAGGAACAAUUCCUCAUCUUUCCCCAGAGAGGGUCACAGUAAUGUGAUGAUAAAUGGUGCUCAUCGCUGCUAUAUCAAGUUCUACUCAUGCCAUUAUUUUUAUGACUUCCUCUACAUUCAGUUGUACGUGUGCUGUCAAAUAACUAUGGAUUGAAAUCUGUUAAAUGGUAUUUCAAUUGAAUUAAUUAGUAAUAGAAUUUUCUUCAAGUUAGCUUUCAUAAAUGUCCUAUUUUGCUGAUAUGAAUUUUUGUAGUCAACAUAUUGUUGAAAUGUAGGUAUGUUUUGUUUUGUUUUGCAUAACUAUAACACUUGUUUUAUCUACAUUUCAUAAUCUGGUAAAAUAUAUAUAAUAAAUAAUAUAAAUAUAACAAUGUUAUAAACACUUUGCCAACCAGGAGAAUCUGAAGCUUUUAAUAUAAUUCAAUGGAUAUACUUUUUUCUGAUGCUUAAGUAAGGUUUUAAUUAGUAUCCAAUUUAAGAAACAGAAUUGUGUAAUUAUACAUUAUUAGAAAAGGAUAAUUACAUUAACAUCUAUGUAAAGGUGCAUGGUAACAUUCGUAUUAACUUCUCUCAUAAGAUAGGAGUUGAAGAAUGUAAUUAAUUGUAUGAAGCAAUGUGUUUAAGUGAACAAACACAAAUUAAAAAGACAAACCUGAAGUUAUAUUUUAAAUGCACUGUAGACAUGAAAUACAACUGAUAACACACAGCUUAUGAAAGAUUUUAUUUUUUUAUCAUGUUACAGAGCAGUUUAAUUUUCAUUUUAAUUAAAUUGUACAGGGAAAGAACUCAGUAAUAUUUGGCCUCCAAAACUGAUGUAUAUACACAUAUAUAUUAUAUAUUAUACAUAUUAAUAUAUCAUAUAUAUUUAUUAUAGUGCCAAUCCUAGAAAUUGGAUAUUGUUCUUAGAGCAAAAGUAUAGGUUUAGCCAUGUACGGUGAUGCUCAUCUAUAAUUCCAGCGACUUGGGAGGACAAGGCAGGAGGAUUGCAAGUUCAGCAACUCAGCGAGGACCUGAGCAACUUAGCAGUGACCCUAUCUAAAAAUAAAAAGAGCUGGGGAUGAAGCUUAGUGGUAAAGUGCCCCUAUGUUCAAUCCCCAGUACCCUAAAAAAAAAAAAAAAAUAGUGUAAGUUUACACACAAGUAGUUACUUCUCAGAUGAGCUUUGCUGUUGCCUGUUAGCUAUCACUACUCUCUAUCAUAGGGAAUAUUACUGAGGCUCAUUCUGGGAUUUAAGUACCAGGCAU